GAUUCAUUUGCAUGCUAUGGCUCUGUCCACAUACAGUGACACAACAAAACAAGACAAAAUGAUAUUAAAAACAGGUGAAAUUCAUGGGCAUUUUGAGUGAGUUUAUGCAUUAAUAAUCAUGCGUCCUGUUCAUGAUAUUAAUUAUUAUGCACUGCUGCAAUUUGCAUACACUUUUCCCUGUAUUAUGUCAUUAUGAUGUAGCUGUAUUGAUGCAUUGUCAAAAUAGAUUGUCAAUUUUUUUUAUUACACAGGCGAUACAUCCAAUUUGUUAUCAGAUCUUCAAAAUAAAGCUGUGCAGCCCGCCAACAAUGCUAGGGAAUCCAGCGCUAAGAACCCCUACUAGUAAAUAACAAUGCGGCGACCUCCAGCGAUAAAAUUGCUGCCAGUGUGAACACAGCAUUACACAAGAUUUAAACAUAAAUGUUUAUUGAAGGUUAUACUUGAAGAACUGUCUCUGUCCGUUUAGCAGAUUUCUCUUACAGCAGCAGGAAAAGUGACAGAAAACAUUUCUUUGCAGCAGCCCUGAAUGCAAUUUCCUCCUUUGCUACUUAUCAAAAAUGAAUCACAUCAGUAGCCUUUUUUCACUGGCUGUAUGAUAGAUAAUUGCCUGUCACAUGUAAUAAGAAUUGAUUUCCAGUUGCACAUUGUGUUUUCAUGCUGCAAAAAAAAAAGUAUUAUCUUCAUCACCACUCCUUGCAUUUUACCUUGCAUGACAUUCCCUUUACUCUGUGUUCUCAAUGACCUUCAAGUGAGGAGUCCAGCGGUACAGUGAUUACUGAUCACAUGGUGAAGCAUCCAGUCACUCACAAUGGGAAGGUGUGGGGGUUCUUUUCUAGGACACUGAAAAGCUUUCAGACUUAUGCUGGGUUGCCAAGGAGAUGUUAUUUAAAAAGAUAGAGGCAGUUUUACAGUAGUUUCUGCUUGUUUUUACAGCAAUUCCGUUUUCUUUCUCUUUUCUUCAGCAGCUUGAGGAAAUCGCUUCAGAACUGCAUGACACACCGUAGCACACCAGUGAAAGGCCUUGCGGAGCCGGUGCGGAGGAAUUAUCUGCUGUCAGGUCCUGCGCCGGGCUGAUAGGGAAACGCAAGGUGAGAGGGACGGCCACAGGGGGAAGGGACCGAUGAUGCCGUCUUCCACCAUGCAAAUGUUUGCCUUCAUUCUGGCGGUACUGGGAGUCGUGAGUGCCACGGUGGCCACACUGCUACCCAACUGGAAGGUGAGUGCAGAUGUGGGCCACAACAUCAUGACUGCCAUCUCGCAGAUGCAGGGACUGUGGAUGGACUGCACCUGGUACAGCACCGGAGUCUUCAGCUGCUCGCUUAAGUACUCGGUGCUGGCGUUGCCGGCUUAUCUCCAGACUGCACGCACCACUAUGGUGCUUUCCUGCAUGGUGGCGACAAUUGGACUCUGUCUGGCCGCCCUAGGGUUGAAAUGUACUCGCUGGGGUGGCAGUUAUCGCUCUAAGGGACAUACGGCGAUUUCCGCAGGGGCUUGCUUCGUCAUAGCAGGGGUCCUGUGUCUGGUGCCUGCAUCCUGGUUCACCAAUGAGGUCAUCACUACGUUUAUGGACUCCAAAGUGCCCAAAAGCAGCAAGUAUGAGCCAGGCGCAGCGGUGUAUGUGGCUUUUGUGUCGGCGGGAUUUCUUUUAGCAGCAGGCGUGAUCUUUUGCUUAUCGUGUCCUGGUAGAAGAGGCGGUCCAUUGGAUUCAGGCUCGUCCCACCCCGACAAGCCAACGCAGCAGAAGCUGCGCCAAGAGCAGCCGACCCACGACCAACAAAAACAGCAGCUCCGCGAACAGCAGAGUCAGACCGAACCGGCAGAACAACAGCAGUCGCAUCAAGAGAAACUACGUCAGGUAAAGCUACAAGCAGACAAUCGUCAGCAAGAGAAGUCGGUGCCGGACAGUCUGAACCUGGAGAAUGACAAGCAGUACCAGUCUCCAUCCCGAGCCAGAAAUCAAGAUGCCAAGGCCGUCUAUAGUCUGCAUGACUACGUGUAAACAACAGUCAUCAACUCCAGGAGCAUUCAGGGUUUUCGUGCUUAUAAGCCUGUCUUAGUGAGUGGCAAAAAGAGGAGGGGAAAAGCAGUGGAGCGGCAGGAGGAAUAAUGACUUUAAUGCCGUUAUCAACCCUUCUGAUCUGUGCUUUCGCUUACAGCAAAUGAAGCAUUGGAGCUAUUUCCCAAAGCCAAGGAAUAAAGUAAGGAUUGUGAAUCCUCGGGGUUCAUGGUUUUCAUUGCGACUACAAGUACAAAGGGGGGGUCAAAUGUUGAUGCA